AUGCGUACGGUCGCACGGUCGAGGGUCAAGUACAUCCCUUCCGACUGUUGCUCUCCCUUCCGCCGUCGCUCUCCCUUCCGCCCGUCGCCCUUCUUUCCCCCUCGUCGCCCUGCCUUCCGUCCGUCGCCCACCCUUGUUCCCGUCGCCCUCCCUUCCCAUCGCCCUCCCUUCCCGUCGCCCUCCCUUCCCGUCGCCCGCGCUUCUUCCCGUCGCCCUCCCUUCCCGUCGCCUUCCCUUCCCGUCGCCCGCGCUUCUUCCCGUCGCCCUCCCUUCCCGUCGCCCUCCCUUCCCGUCGCCCUCGCUUUCCCCGUCGCCCUGCCAUCCACUCCCCGUCGCCCUCGCCUUCCCUCCCGUCUCCCUUCCCAUCUCGCACACUUGUCACCCUCCCUUUUCUCUCCCUACUCCCUCUUUUCCCUCCCUCCAAUAAUCGCCUUCCUUCCCCCAACUUAUACCCCUUCCCUGCUUCCCCCCAUCCCCUGCCCUGCUUCCCCCCAUCCUCUUCAUUCUUUCCCCGUAUCCCCAGCCCUGCUUUCCCCCAUCCCCUUCCCUGCUUCCCCCCAUCUCCUUCCCUUCUUCCCCCCAUCUCCGUCCCUGCUUCCCCCCAUCCCCCUCCCUGCUUCCCCCCAUACCCCUUCCCUGCUUCCCCCCAUCCCCUUCCCUGCUUCCCCCCAUCCCCUUCCCUGCUUCCCCCCAUCCCCUUCCCUGCUCCCCCCCAUCUCCAUCCCUGCUUCCCCCCAUACCCCUCCCUGCUUCCCCCCAUCCCCUUCCCUGCUCCCCCCCAUCCCCUUCCCUGCUCCCCCCCAUUCCCUUCCCUGCUUCCCUCAUCCCCUGCCCUGCUUCCCCAUGUCCCCUGCCCUGUUUCCCCCAAUCCCCUUCCCUGCUUCCCCCCAUCUCCUUCCCUUCUUCCCCCCAUCUCCGUCCCUGCUUCCCCCCAUCCCCCUCCCUGCUUCCCCCCAUCCCCUUCCGUGCUUUUCCCCCUCCCGUUUCCAUCGCUUUCCCCCUCCCGUCGCCCUCGCUCUCCCCCUCCCGUCGACCUCGCUUUCCCCCUGCUCACUCGCAUCCCUCCUGCUCACUCUCUUUCCCUCUGCUCACUCUCUUCCCCCUUUCUCACUCUGCCCCCCCUUCCUCACUCUGUUUCCCCCUGCUCACUCUCUCCUCCUCACUCUAUUCCCCCCUGCUCUAUUCCCCCUGCUCUGUUCCACCCUGCUCACUCUCUCCUCCUCACUCUAA